UGAAAACCUACUAAAAACGAGCACAGGGUUUGUGGUCUGUCUCACCGCGAAUAUAUUGAGGUGUUUGCACCCAGUUUAAUGUUGAAUAAUAAGGACUGGCUCCGACCUACACUGAACACGGCUGAGGUGUUUCUCACUGAAGACGAUGAUAGUGUUGUUGUUGCUUGGUGCCUUUCUUUGUAUGGGCCUGGCAGAGCAGCGUUAUGACGUAGAGUAUGGAGACUCUCUGAACUUAUGGGUUCCCAGAAAGCCCAAGUCCUUUGAGUUCACUCGCAAGUUCAGCCCAAAUGUGACCAUCUUGUGGAAAUGGGGUGAACCGUUGACCUCGUUGGACGAAAGGCGGAAAUACAUGGGUAUCUUCUUUGAGAUGUAUAAUUUAACUCAGAAAGACAUGGGCAUCUAUAGGUUCAGAGGCAAAGAACAGAAAGAACUGUCGACCUACACAAUUGAGGUAAAAGCAAAAACAAAGUCCUUUCAUAAGAGUCCUGGUAAACACCUCCGAUUCUCUGCUAAACUGGAACCAAACUUCUGCAACGUUUACUUCUUCCCAGAAGGCACACUCAGGAGGAGGAUGUCGGAGGUUGCGAUUGUCCGUCGUGGCAAGCUGCAGAGGCAUUUGGAUGAACUUGGGCUUGUAGGGUUUGAUCUGAAUGAGCCAUGUGAGAUUUACAUUGAGGCCAUACAGAACACAUACAGGGGACGCUAUGAGUUCAGGGAUGAGAAUAAUGACACAGCCUUAGAGGUGUAUCUGCAUGUAGCUGACCCAACCAUUAGGACCUCUGAACUGAAGGUUGGUGCACAACUCAGCUUCAAUUUUGAUCUGGAACCAAACGACUGCAAUAUUCACUUCUUCGGAGAGCCAUCGUUUGAUAUAGUUCGUCAUGGCAAGCUGAAAAGGCAUUUGUAUGAAAAUGAUUGCAUAGGAUUUGAACUGAUAAAGCCAUGUGGGAUUUUAAAGGAAGACCUCCAGAUGUCUUGCCAGGGACGCUAUGAGAUCAGGGAUCAGGAUGGCGACACAGCCUUAGUGAUGAUACUAGAAAUGGAGGCACCGCCUGCUGAGCAUUCGGCUAUUGGUAUUAGUAUGGGUGUUUUCUUUUCCUCACUUUUCGUGUGUGUCUUGAGGCGCUGCUGCUGUAAAGGCAGCUCCUCCGAAAACAAGACAUCUGAGCCUGAAGCUGCUGGGCCUGAUGUGCCAUACGAAGAGUACGACCUUGAGCCUGUUCGACUGCAGCCAGAUCAAGUCAGCGAGCCCUCUGGGACCCCUUACCGCGCUCAGCCUCCUCUUACGUCCACCGACCCGCUAAUACACAAUCAUCCUUCUGUGGAGAUGCCACCAACAUAUUCUGAGAUUUUUGCUGCAUCAGGGCAAACAGACGCUCCAACUUUCCCCGUCCACUCUGACCCUGAGCCGCGGUUCGAGGUGAAGGGGAUGACCUUGCCCUCCGCUCCCCCACUCAGUUCAGACUCAACUAUCUCUGAUGUUUAUACCUCGAGCAAACUCAAUUUCCUCUGAGAGCCUUGAUUUUGAAAGAAACAUUCAAAUGUGUAAGCUCAUUCAUAUUAUGGCAAAAGUUUUGGGAAAUAUUCAUAUUCAUCAGAGGCUUCCUGGAUUCUCAGCUGGAAACUGGUCCCAGCCAAGAAAUAGAACUGUCCAUAAACCACCAUAAAACUUGGUUCUGUUGUUUAUAUGCUUUUUUAGCUGAUUAAACAAGAUAAGAUGUUAGUUAGUGAGCUUUUAGAGGUGCCGGUAGGUAAAGUUAGCCAAGCUAUCGGUUGGCCUGUUGCUGGGACCUAAUUUUAGUACCUAGUAGUUAAGUGUACAAGUACAUUUACACUAAAGUUUAACAAGGUGCUGAGCACUAAGUACCCGCCUGAAGGUACACUCGUUAUGGUCAAAAAGUUGUGGAAGUUGGAGAAUUCUCACACUCAGCAAUCACCAUCUUGGCUACGUAAUGGCAGGUGGCAAGACCAGUCACAAUGUGGUUGCUGUGGUGAACACAGAACUAUAAAAAUUAGGGUGAUACAUGAUCUUUUCAAACGUUUAACAUAACUUGCAAACAUACCACUAUAUUGUUGUUAAAAGGAAGCAGUCCAUAAUGGUUUGGUACUGCGAACAAUAGUGAAGAGCAGCAGUGUGUAUUUUCAACACAGUCUCACGGCAUUUUGUGUUAUAGUCACGAAAUUAAUCUAUUGGUUCGUGUUCACCAACACAAAU